AAGGUAUUUGUUUCAAUGUUAGUAAGGUUACCUCAAAUGAAGCAAUUCUGGUGUGCUGCUCUGGUUGCAACACUUGAAACAAAGAUCAAUAACAGAAAAACAGAAAAUGCCGACAUUGGGAAGACAAAGUCUAGUAGUUUUGAUUUGAAGGAUAAGAAGACAAGGAAAGUGAAGAUUUCUGUCUGCAGUAUUUCUGAGAGUAAUCAAACAAGACUUGAUAAUUUAUGUUCGAGGAUAAAAACUAGUUCAGCAUCAAGUAGUUCUUUGCUGACUGCUAGACUUGAGCUCAUGGCCAAUUCAAAAGAAGGCCAAAUUGAUGCUGCCAAGUGUGAAGAGCUGAAAAUUGAUCAAGGCAAAUGUAACCCAGUGACUGAUAUGGAAGUUGACAAUUCUAUCCAAUCAGAAGUAAUUGAAAUUUCUGACGACUCACCUGAAGCAUCACCAAGUGAACCUAUUGAAAUUCCCAACCCCCCUGUCCUGUCAACUCACAAAACCGUGGGCGUCACAGUUCACUCUCAAGUAAUAUCACUUACUAGAGCUAUAUCUGAAAUACCUUACCCCCAGCCUGAUGAUUCAACCUUACACAAAACAAAUGAAAUCCCAGCUAACUCUCUAGCAUCUUUGCCAACUUUGUCUGAAAUACCGAACCCCCCUGACCUGGAAAUCCAAAACAUGGAAGUUGAACUUUCUGAAGAAGAUGCUUUCAUGAAUCAAUAUAACCAUUUGAAAAACCAUUUAAGGUCUUCAGAAGAUCUAGAUGUUGAACUUAUCCAAAAAUUUUUAAACUGUUUUCUAGAAAAUACACUUAAAGAUUUGUUGACGAUUUUCACGUUUUUGGAAAUGAGCACAAUUCCUGAAACCUCGACAAUCAUGCUUAUCAAGCAAUUUUUGUUGUUAGAGAAAGAGUGUAGCUUCCAGGCAACUGUCAUAUUUGCUUACCAUUGCAUUAGUGUGUGGUUAGGUGGUCUACAGUCGGCCCCAUCACGAAACCUGCUUGCAGCUGUGACAACCUUUGCACAGAAGCAUCCAAAGGCGUUUGUUGAUGGUGCCAUGGUAAAACAAUUCAAUACAACUUUGCUGUGGCCACAAUGUGACUUGACUGUUAAAGUUGUCAAGAAUUUUGAAAAAGAAACAUUGCAGUAUUUCAUGGAAAAAUUGGUAAAAUCUAAUGAGGAUUCAUUUUCAGUCUGGAAUGAACACAUGAUCCUAGUGCUCUCAACAGUCUUGGAAAGACGGUUAGAACUAGAUGGGUCAAUUUUUGAGAAAUUUGCAAACUGGUUGCAAUUCCAGUCAUUGCCACUUGCAAGUAAUUUAAAAUUUGCAAAGUUAGUAUUAACAAUAAUCAACAAGUAUGGCUCUCUUGUAAAAUCAUGGUUGCCUACUUUUAAACAAAUAUUGAAGGAGAAUAACACGUUUCUUAAGAAGUCCGGUUUGACCGCUUUGAAAAAACUGGAAGAUUGA